UUAAUUGGCGUUGUCAAUAUGACCUCUGAAGGUCAGUCUGCUGUUGUCCGAUGCCUCGAGCACCACAGAAAUGAGCUCAACAUGACUUCAUUUCAUAUUGAAUGCUUCAAUGGCACUUGGCACCCGUUGGACCUCCCUGAGAACAUCACUGAAGAGAAUUUACAGUGUUCCCCGUUUUGCGACCCACCUUGCCUACUUGGGGAUUGUCUGGUGAAAGAAGAUCAAACGGGAACUUUUUGCAAAUGCCCCGAAAUGCACUCCGGGAAGACCUGUGAAAUUGAAGGCUGCAAGUCCUUCCCGGUGGUGACCAAGAUGGUUCUUGAGUGGAAUGAAUUACAACAAGAUGGAGACAAGGAUGCUGGCCCACCCAUCAUCAAGACAUCAGAGGUCAAGGGGAAAUGCCAUGAGGGAACAUUUUUCAAAAUAGUUGACUAUGCAAGAAAGACCAAGCUCAUGCCUAUGUUCAACGAGUUCACAUUUAAAUGUGACCAGGGCCACUGGUUGGUUCGUAUGGCUGAUGAUGAAGCAUACAUGGAUUUUGUCAGUGCUGAAUGUGAAUACAUAUGUGAUCCACCAUGUCUGAAUGGAGGUUCAUGUAUCUUGACUCAGGAUGGUGUCAGGUCUUGCAAGUGCAUGCCGGGAUUCGAUGGCGGCCAUUGUGAACUCAAGACCUGCGAUUAUGAUGUUAUUCUGGAAGAUUACAGCUGGGAAGAGCUACAUCCGUCCACCAACCAGUACACAGGACACAUUUGGAAAGAGUGUCCUGAGGAAUAUGUCCACUCUAGCACGGGAAACAGGUCUUACAUAGAGACAUGCGAGAACGGAGAAUGGAUUAAACCCGAGGGAAUCUGUGAGCCUGUGUGUUCCCCAUCGUGUACGAAUGAUGGCCUUUGUAUUCGACCGAACCUUUGCGCAUGUCCCAUUGGUUUUGCAGGUUCAUAUUGUGAUGAAGACAGCUGCCUAAAUGCCUGGUCACCGACAAUCGCCAAUGCUAUUUACAAAACAGACGUUCGGGAGCUCAAGAUCAAGUGCAGAAACGGCUACAGCUUUCCUUCAAGAAAUUCCACCAUGGUCUUUGAUUGUGUCGAAGGUCACUGGGAUUUUCAAGCAAAGAAGCCUCAGCCGUGCGUCCCUACUUGCAUUAUUGAUCCCUGCAAGAACGGGGGCACCUGCAUUUUCCCCGGUACUUGCAAGUGCCCAGAAGGCUUCUCAGGCAGUCGCUGUGAACAUGAAAAGUGCUCUUUGCCGCCGAAGUUCCUACAUAAUGCCUUUGGUAAUUUCAGCAAUCAGGAUCAAACCAUCUUCAAAAUUGAAUGUUACAAAGACUAUGAACUCAUAACACACGAGAAAUCCUUAACGGUGAAGUGCGAAGGAGGAGUGUGGCAAUUUCCCAAGGGAUUACAGGAUGGCCAAAGCAUAUCCUGUAGGCCUGUGUGCACCAAACCUUGCUUCAAUGGUGGACGUUGUGUCAGUCCUGGAGAGUGCAGGUGUCCAGAGGGAUUCAUAGGAGUGCAGUGCACCAAAAGGUACGAAGAUACAGUGGAGAAGGGAGUCAAAUGCGUGUUUCCCUUCAUGUACAAAAAUGUGUGGUAUUAUGCUUGCACCACUGUCGGGUACCAAUCGCCCUGGUGUGCCACCCAGGUCUCUAGCACAGGGGUCAUGACCAAACGGGCUGCAUGUUUUGCAGACACACCCAGGACACGGGUUCGGUUUACUGUUACUGGACAGCUGUGUCGAUUCCCGUUCCGUUUCAAUGAGCAACUGCACUUCGACUGCACAUCAGAGGAAGCGACGGAGCCUUGGUGUGCGUCAGCUACCGACGAGAAUAAUGAGGUUACCCAGAAAGAGACGUGUAAACCGACUAAUAUAGUGACUAGAGAUAUGAUCCUUACAAGUGACGGAGAGGAGUGCAGUCCCAAGUAUCUACCCGGAGGCGAGCUCCACAAGCAGAUGAUCUCAGAAGGGGAUUUCUUUGGUGUCUGCCACACGGAAAGUGGACAAACACAAACCAGGGCUAUAAGGGAUAUUGAAACACCCAUGACUGCCAAACAGCCUGCCAAAACUGUCUUGAUCGACAGUGGCUACAGAAGGAAUGAAGUGACGAUUACUGGGAGGAAGUGCCAGUUUCCCUUCACCUUUGGAGGUUUGAAGUACUAUGGGUGUGUGAUCACUGCCUAUCGCCGUCCCUGGUGCUUGGCUGAAGCCACUGACAGUAAUGGAGCUGGGAUACUCAUGAGUGAAGAAUGCGCCGAGUCCUUCUCUUUUGGAAAGGGAAUCCGUGAACUGACUCUGACCAAUGUUCUGCCCAACUCCUCUGUGUCUGAUGAAGGGAAUCCUAUAGGAAGCGUACGUUCACUAACGUCUCUGUUUGGACAGCGUUGCAUAUUCCCAUUUAAAUAUUUAGAAGAAAUUCACUAUGGAUGCGUGUACAAGGGGAUGGCAAACCCCUGGUGCGCUACUAGCAUAGACACUGAAGGUAACGCUGAAACUAGAGAAGCCUGUCCUAAGGAUUGGGAUCGGAGCAGUUUUGGGGAACACAUGCUUGGUUUAUAUGCAGCCAACAAAAACAAAUCAAUGACAACAAGUGGUUUGCCAUGUGUCCCCUUCAAUCAUGAUGGACAGCUUGUCCAAGGAUGCAUGAAAGACAAAGGGCAACUGCCCUGGUGCACCGUUGCCGUCAAUUCCCGAAAGGAAGCGACGGCUACUGAUUUCUGCGUACCAGUAGAGGAGUACGAACCCCAAUUAGCUCCCGGCAAUGAGUUCCUGGACUACGUCGACAUGUUGGUGACAAAUGGCUACAAUUUCCUGGAACCAUCAAAAAGACAAAUUGAAUAUAAACUAUACUCAGUGAAUGGCUCCAAAUGCCAACCCUUUUCACAUGACGGCCAGAUGCAAUAUGGAUGCGUUGAAGAGGAGGGAAAGCGCCCUUGGUGCGCCACCAACAUUGAUAAUAAGCAACUCCCGACCGACAAGGGUUCAUGCCCUGAUCAAUGGAAGUUUUGGCGAUAUUUCUUAUCUACGGAUCCAAAUUACUGGUCACCUUAUUUUGGUGGUGUGGACAUCACACUGACGGAGUCUGGGCAGCAGUGUGUUUUCCCCUUUAUGCACGAGGGCCAGAUGUAUCGUCAGUGCGUGGAGAGUAACGACAGACGGCCUUGGUGUGCCACAGCCAUCAGUCGUGACGGAUUGGUUCUGCAUACAGAUGUUUGCCAGGAAAAACCGGCGGUCGUAAAAUCUGCCAGUGGGAAGAUCUGCCUCCCCUUUCUACAUGAGGGAAUUCUGCAAGAAGGCUGCGUUAAGCCAAAAGAUGACCGUGAUUGGUGUGCUGUCCAGGUUGAUAAUCUUGGUCUUGUGCUUGAGAAGGAUUUCUGCACACCUGACUGGAAUACCACUAAGAUGGACGUCCCCCCUCUAGAGAUCAAGAAUGCCACUGGGGAAGUUGUGUCACUGGAGACAACAGAAGGCAAAAGGUGCGUUCCAUUUGUACUUGGUGGAGUCAUCGUCAAAUACUGCAUUGAGAAUGAGGAAAAAGACCAGUCCUGGUGUGCCACCAGUACCAAUGACAAAGGAUUCCCUAUUGAAAAUGGCACCUGUCCCAAGGAUUGGCGUGAUGUGGUUUGGCCUCCUGGAACAAAACUGAAAAAUGAAACAAGUUUAUCAGAUGCAACCUCAGAGGAAGUAACAGACAGGAAUAACGUGACAGAGGGACUUCUGGAGGACGAAAAUGAAUCUACUCCAGAAUCAUUCACGACCUCUGAAGAAGACCUACAGGAAGAAGAAGAGAUAGUGAUAACUAUGCCAGCAGAAGGAAUUACACUGCAAGAGAGCUCUUCCACGUUAUCAGUAAUAACAUCUGGAGUAGCAGCUAUAGAAACUGAAUCAUCACUUUCGUCAACUGCCGCUUCAAUUAUUAGGACGCCUACUACACCACCCACAGCUGCCAGGCUAACACCCACACCUAAAAUCUCUUCAGCUGGUGGGCUGAUAACCAUAGAGGGACUACUAUGUGUAUUCCCCUUCAGAUACAAUGGGCAGUUAUAUGACAAUUGCACUUCAGUUGAUGCUGAAGCACCCUGGUGUCCUACUCGGGUGAAUAGACAGUUGCGGCCGAUUGUUACUGGAUAUUGUAGUGGAUAUGGAGAAAUGCCUAGAGAGCCCUCACCCAAGAUUCCGCCUAUAACUGUGGAUAACCAUUUGUGCCAAUUCCCUUUUGUUUGGAAGAACGUCACCUACCACUGGUGUACAAAGGUUGAAAGGUCCUCCCCGUGGUGUGCUACGCAGCUUGAUGAAAUGAAUCGGCCCCUGGCUAGUGGAUAUUGUUUCAAUUCCCUGGAUAGCCCUAUCCCAUCAAAACCAGCACCAACUUUACACAAAAGUGGAGGACUGCUGAAGAACCCUUGCGUCUUCCCUUUCGUGUACAAAGGAAAAACGUACACCAACUGUACUCAUAAAGAUUCCAUCGUGUCUUGGUGUGCUUAUGAAGUGGAUUCUUUGAAGCAUCCUACCAAAGUCGGCUGUUGUUCAGGAUCAGGGGAACCGGCCAAGCUGAACUUGAAGCCUGGACAUCAUGGUUCCGAUACGGUACAUCAAUUGACAGAAGACGGUGAAGAGUGCAUUUUCCCUUUCUUGCACAAUGCCAAGUGGCACUAUACUUGCAUCUGGACACCUGGAACCGAGAGGCCCUGGUGUGUCACCCUUGUUGACCCCUUUGGACGCACUGUAUCAUCUGGCUACUGCUUGAGUGGACCACAAAAUCAGUUUGUUCCUGGUGGUGGACCACAAAAUCAGUUUGUUCCUGGUGAUGACACUUCACCUGGUGAAGCUGGUGGUGAUGACCAGCCAUUUGAAUCUGAAUUACUGGAAAUUAUUCCAAGUGGACAUCAAACAAUAUCCACGAUAAGAGGCAAAAAAUGUAUCUUCCCAUUCUGGUAUGCUGGUCAAUGGUACUCCAACUGUACCAACACUGAUCAUCAAAAACCGUGGUGUGCCAUCGCAAUCAAUGCUAAAGGUGUUGUUAUUAGUGCGGACUAUUGCUUAUUAGGAAGCUCCCCGGGCCCAGCUACACGUCCCACAGAAAGCCUGCCAGUCAAAACUAAGCCUUUUAAAGUACCAGUUACUGCUCAGAAUGUGACGGAGAAUGGGAUCAAAUGUUUCUUGCCAUUCGUGUAUGGAGGAAAGAAGUUCUGUCAGUGUACAUGGGAAGGGGAUACAAGGCCUUGGUGUGCUACUAGUGUUGAUGUGGACCGCCAUGUUGUCACAAGAGGAUAUUGUAGAGUGAAGGCAUUUGGGGAACAGAUUGACAAGGACAAACAACCAGGUGAUGGUGGGGAUGAUACUGAGAAAGGGCCACUUGAUACGGAAGUUAUACAGUCGUUUACAAGGCCUUCCACGACAACACCACCGUCACUUGGUACGGAGAAUCUGCAGUUGGAUACAAGGCCUUCCACAACAACACCUCCAGCUGGGAGUUAUGGCCAAACCGCCAAACUUGCCACUACUACGACUAUUACUACUAUUUCAGAAUAUAGACCGCCUGAGAUAACAGUAACUGGCAAAAAGUGCGUCUUCCCGUUCAUCUACAAGGGUAUUAGAUAUGAACACUGCGCUUGCAUGGACGCCCCUGCCUGCUGGUGUGCAACUUCUGUGACGCUUGACUUGCAGCCUGCUACUAGCGAAUACUGCAGAGAUUACAUCUUUGGCCCUCUUCCAGCUGUCCUGCCUCCAGCCUUUGGAGAAGGGGCAGUGUUCACUGUAGAUGGAUGUUCUUGUAGUCUUCCAUUUGUGUACAAAGGAGAAACGUACACCCGGUGUACUUCAAAGGACAGUACAUAUCCCUGGUGCCCAACCUUGGUGAAUGAGCAGCGGAAUCCAAUCACUACUGCUUAUUGCAGAAGUGAAGAGUACGGAGCAGCACCAAAGCAACCUCCCCCAAGUAUGGAAACUGCACAAGAUUCCAAGAUAGAAAAGCGUUCAGUGGACCAAAUGGAGGGGCAGAACUACAAUGACCUCUGGUGGUCAAAAUGGAUGUUGGCCAACAUACCUAAUCUGACAUCUUUGUGGUCUUAAGAGAUUCUAGACAGCAUAGCAGGAUAUCCUACUGAAUCUUCCACAAUUCGUUACUGUUUUCGUCUUCCAUGGGGAUUUAGACAUACACAUAUCUUUGUUUUGUGAGAUGGGAAACAAUAAUUUAGAAAGUUACUGAAUGAAAAGUAAUAAGGUUAUAAGUUUGAUAUUCCUUUCAUCUUUUUCAUGUAAUCACAAAUAUUAGAAUUCAUGGGAAGACUAAAUAUAUAAAUUAAAGUAUGAAUAAGUAUAAAUCAAUGAAUACUGUUAAUUCAUUAUUGUAAAUUUUCCUUUUUGGUGGUUACCUUAUGUUUUGAUUUACAAAAAUAAUUCAUAUAUAAAAAUCAAAUGCAAAAUAAUGAAGCAAAAUGAAUAUACAUUCACUUAACACAUCUAAAUUCUUUUGAUAUUCCAUGUGAAUGCAGCCUUUAGUAUUUGUAGUUGGGUUCUCACUCUCACUUUCUCUCAACAGAGAAGGUCACUUCUCAGAAUAGCAGUUCUCUCUUUCAAAAAUAGUUUUUAAUAAUAUGAAGCAAACCAUAUUACAAAUACUGUAAUCAUUAAGUUGAAAUGUUUAUUCCCAAUUUCUGUUUUUAUGUGUAUGUACUUGCAUUUGUAUGACAGUGGAUUCAGACUCAAUUUUCAUCACAUCAUCAUAAAACUGUAAAAGUGGUGUUUAUAAUAAGCUACAAUACUACUUUGUUCAUUAUAUCAACAAUCCUGCAGUUAUGUCAAGCUGCCAGAUCAUACUAGCACUAAUUUUUCAGCAGAUGCACAUUUGCUUAAUCAUUAAUUACCUUUAAAUAAGUUAACAAAAGAUGCAUAUGGUCUGAGGAUCAUUUACAUUUCACUAGAUAACAUAAUAGUUUACUUAUUUUGUUGAAAAUAUUGGCAGCUUUCAACAAAUUAAAUCUUAUGCAGGGUCUUUUCAAUUCUGAUAAUUCGUUUAUCUGACUCGGCUAGGUUGGAGAGUAGAAAUCCAAUAUUCAUAUUUGUCAAAAGUGGAAUAUUUGUCAUUCAUAUGUUACAUAAUGUAUAAAAAAUAUUUUAUUCUAUCUUUUGAUUUUAUCUUUUUACUGGACAUAGAAAACCAAGGUUAUGUAAUUUCAGCUGGAUCUUGGUAUCUCUUCUGUUAUUUUUUCUUGGAUACGGUUAUUUGGUAUCCUUGCACUGCUACUAGGACUCCUUCAGGGGUUGGUGUAGUUUACAUAUUUCGACCAUCUCCGUGAUUAUCAUCAGGAUGUUGGUGAAGACGAACUGGACAAAUGCUGGGUUUAGAUUGGCUAUUAUAGGAAGUGUGGGCAAGAUCAAAUUCGGUGUUGAAUUAUCAGUGGGUGCCCGGGGGCAUCCUUCUUGGCUUAAGCUGUCUCUUGUGCGUUGAUGGUUGAGGCUGGUCCAUGCGAGCACCAUUGAUUGCAGCGUAGCUGAAUUUUGAUUGGCCCUUAUAUUGUGUGCUAAAUUUUGAUUGGUGCUCGCAUUGUAUGGGGUGCUCGUUGCAGGUCUCCUGGUAGCUGUAGGAAGGAGAAAGGUCUCUUGGGUGAUAUUCAUUGAUUGCAUUUUUUUUCCUAUCUUCAAGGCUUCCAAGAAGUGCAGUCAGCGAUGGUCUGUGACUAGGUUAAUAAUUUCAGUAUUCUUGAUAUUGUUUAAUUAGUUGGUUGUUGGCAGUUUUGUAUGACUGAAGAUUGCUCCCUCUUGGGCAUGGCAGGAAAUCCUCUUUGAAAAAGGCAUCAUUGUAAUCCCUAUGUAAUUGCUGAUGGCAACAAUGCAAUUUUUGAAGAAAAUUUCCUGCCUUGCCCAAGAGGGAGUGAUCUUCAGUUAUGCAAAAACUGCUCACAACCCACAAAUUAAAUGGUAAGACAUUAUUCCGAUUAGUAUUGAAGUUAUUGACUAAGCCACAGCCCAUUGCCGAUUGCGGCUCUUGGAAGCCUUGCGGAUAGGAAAAGAAAGGCCAUCAAUGAACAUCACCCGAAGAGCCUUUCUCCUUCCUACAGUACCAGGAGACCCGCAAUGAGUACCAGACAGCGCGAGCACCAGUCAAAAUUCAGUACACAAAGUAAGGGCCAAUCAAAAUUCAGCUGCUAUAGAGCGGAAUUCUGCCCCUGCCCAGCGCUGCAUUGGCGCUCACAUGCAAGACCAGCCCCAACCAUCAAUGCAUGUGAAACAGCUUGGGCCAAGAAGGUUGCCCCCAGGCAUCCAAGGAUUGUUUAACACCGAAUUUGACCCCCACCCAUCCUUCCUAUAAAAGCUGAUCAGAACCCAGCACUCGUCCAGUUUGUCUUCGCUAACGUCCUGAUGAUGAUCACGGAGAUGGUAAAAACAUGUAGACUACGACGACCCCUGAAGGAGUCCUAGUAGCAGUACAAGAAUACUUAAUGCACAUAUUGAAGAAAAAAUACCAAAGAUAGCUACCAAGAUCCCGUUUAAGUUAGGUAACACCCUUGGUUUCUAUCUCCAGUAUAAAAGAUAAAAUAAAAGCAAAAUAUAGAAUAAAAUAUUUUUGAAAAACUUUCAAACCUAUGAAUGACAAAUAUUCCACUUUUGUCAAAUAUGAAUAUUAGAUUUCUACUCUACAACCUAACCGAGUCAGAAAAAUGAAUUACCUAAGAAUUGAAAAGACCCUGUAUAAGAUUAAUUUGUUGAAAGCUGCCAUUAUUUUCAACAAAACAUGUAUCAAAGGUCUGGCCCCCUGCAUAUAAUGGUUUACUUCUCAUGUUAAGAGGGCCAGGUUCAUGGCAUUUACAUAGUUUAUUAUUAACUACAUUGUUGUGCCUGGUAUUAGAAUACUUUUGCCCUUGAGAUUUCCUAUAAGACAAGUCUUUCAGGUGAAGCUCACCUGAAGGCAAUUUAAUGUUUAUAGAUGAGAAGGCAGUCUCAAUAAAAAUAAAGCUGAACCCA